AUGCCCUACACCUCGCCGCUGCUGCUUCUCCCCGCUCCGUCCGACGCGGGUGCCAUGGUGCCGGAUCGCCCUCAUCUCCCGCGCUCAUACUCGGCCCAAGCAUACAUCCGCAGACACCGGCGCAGUCCGUCGUUUAGCAAGCUGGCCCCUGGCAGUGAAUCGCCCGCCGCCGAUUCCCCAGUGCUGUCCCACACCCAGCUGCCGCGACUAAUUGUCGACCCCCAUGCCAGCCUGCGCCAGUCCCCGCCCCCUCGCAACAAUGCCGUAAUCCCAUCCGGCGCCAUCAUCUCGCCUCCCGAGUCGGCCGGUAACUCGAGCGACGAAGAGACGUCGCCUCGCACCGUCCGUCGACCGCUGCCAGUCGAAAGAUUAGACGCUGCCAUCCGAUCACUGCAGUCGGAAGGGGAACCCUCAGACAAAGGAGACAAAGAAAGCGGCCCGGUGCCCCCCCUGACCCCGGAGGCGAGGGCCAUCUCCCACUCGCGCUCGUCCACCGAGAACGAUAUCCAGUUCCGGGCAGACUCGCUCGACUCCUCGUCGUCCAUCGACAGUGACCGGGAUGAGCUUGCGCCCAAGCCGUCAAUGGUUCGGAAAAAGUCUGGCGAGGUGGUUCGCCCAGCCCUACGCACCAAUCGUCGCCCCUCGAGCAUGCCUGGCACCCCCACUUUUUCAAAGAACGUCCACUUUGACGCUCAGCUCGAACACAUCAGGCAUUUCCUGCAGCUCGACAAACCCCUCGCCGUGAGCGCCGAUACCUCGCCUGUCGAGACGUACCCGGGUGCAACGGAGUAUCCUUUCUACCAUGUCCCUAGCUAUGAGUGGGAAGUCAAGCUGCCCAACUUCCCCGCAGAUUCCACUGCUCGAAGAACCCAGCCGGUUCGCUUGGAUCGCAUCUACUUGUCGGCAGAUCAGCAAAGCCUGGUCGGCGUUGUUGUCGUUGCCAACCUGGCUUUCCGAAAGAACGUGCUGGCCCGCUUCACUUUGGACUAUUGGAAGACGGUGUCGGAAGUGUCGGCAGAAUAUAACCAGGAUGUGCGCCGCAAGCACGUCAACGAUGGCUACGAUCGCUUCAACUUUACCAUUAACCUGUCCGACGUGCCGAAUUUGGAAACCAAGACUCUUUUCCUGUGUAUUCGCUAUACUGUGGCGGGCCAAGAGUAUUGGGACAACAACUCGUCGAUGAACUACCAGGUCGGCUUUGCCAAGAAGGAAAAGACUCGGCCAGCUGAAGCUCCGAGUGCUCCCACCCAUGAAGCACAGUCUCUGCCACGCAGUAGAAGCGCCGUCUCGAUCGCGUCUCGGCCACUGUCCAUGCCUUCUUUUGGCGAAUUUGGCUCACCCCCCACUCCCAACUUCUCCUUCCCCCGAGACAGCAGAAACGCUGACUCGGAUUUCCACCUGUCCCCGCUUGACCACCCGGAUUUCUUAGAGCAACCCAAGCCAAGAGAAAAGCCGGCCAAGCAAGCUUGGAGCAACCGGUAUGAUUUUGGGGCAUCGCUCUCGGCUACCAAGAGCAACGGAGCGAGCGAAGACCGCACGACAUUGACCGCGAAAGCGAGAUCUGCCGGUGGUGGUCAUGGUCGCUCGUUCUCAUCCAACGAUGCCGGCUCGCCAAAGCCCCAGCCGGUAGCACCUCUUGUUUCCGGCAAACUACACCAGGAAUCCUCUUCAUACAAGGAGCUGGUGGACAAAUACUGCUUUUUUGGCACUGCCACCAAAAGCAUGGAGCUUCCUCAUGGUCCAAAGAACACCCGAUGUUUGCAUUUGCGAUGGUCUCGGCCAUACGAGUCACGAGACAAUGUUUCGUAUGAUUAUGAAUUGAUAUUACAAUAUACGGAGUAUACAGCACAUCUUCCGAGCGGCAAAGGUGGCAAGGGUCUCGGCAAGGGCGGCGCCAAGCGUCACCGCAAGAUCUUGCGCGACAACAUCCAGGGCAUCACCAAGCCGGCCAUCCGCCGUCUGGCGCGCCGUGGCGGUGUCAAGCGUAUUUCCGCGAUGAUCUACGAAGAAACCCGCGGUGUGCUCAAGACCUUCCUCGAGUCCGUCAUUCGUGACGCCGUCACCUACACCGAACACGCCAAGCGCAAGACUGUCACCUCGCUUGAUGUUGUGUAUGCGCUCAAGCGCCAGGGCCGCACUCUGUACGGUUUCGGUGGUUGA